AUGAACUUGAGAGGCAUUAACUACAUGGCGUCAGUGGGAUCUUGUUCAUGUCUUCCAAAUAUGGACGCUCUUUACAUUUUAACCACUGAUCUGACUGGAGGAUGUCUGGCUUUUGUCACUCACGGCUGCUUUCCAAGCUUUGAUUACAUUGUCGAGUACCAUAAAUGCUACAGAUGUAAGUUUACGAGCGCCAUCUGGCCUCAAGCCAGGGAAACCUGCAACCGUCUACAGAGUUCUCACCUCGUUGUCAUCGAUGAUUCUAGAGAACAGUAUGCCGUCUCUGUCUACUUGCAACCGUAUAAAUAUUCAAAAAAUAACCUAUUCUGGACCGCUGGGACUCGACCGGCUGUUGACGACCCAAACGCGUUUUUUUGGGAGCCCUAUCCAGGGCAGAACAGAACCAUCGUGAAUUACAACUGGGAUGCCCUGCCAUCGGUCGCUUCGGGGCUUACAGAUCCGGCUAAAAACUGCAUAGCGUACAACUCACAAAGUGCCACAUGGUUCAACAAUCAUUGCAGUAGUGCGUUUUUAAUCUUGUGUGAAAUCGACAUGGAAAUUUAA